AUGUUUCGCCAAAGAACCAGUUCACAGAAGCCCGACGAUGCCCUUUUGGCCAACUUUCGGCAACAGUUCCCAAACAUCGGCGCACCAGGAACAGCAUCGUCGGCAGCUGCGUCUCACCCGCCAUUAGCACUAGAUAAUCAUGCCACUGGACAAUUACCAACAGCAGAACGACAUCAUGUCGGCCCAGAGGCUUUUCGGGAUCAGGACCCGACGCCGCGGGCCUCUGGCCCUGAGUGGAGAUACACGCCUAGUCUAUUCAACCCCAACUCUUUCACUUUCGACGCUUUUGCGAACCAGCCGCCGGGCUACUACACACCUACGCCCGGUGGUACGAACACCCUCUAUCACCAUCAGGCUGGCGACUUGCACACGCCGAUGGGAAUGGGCCUCAGCACCCCGCUGUCUCUUCCCACGAACGAUGGCACCAUACAUGCUGGCCCGAGCGGAAUGCUGGAGAUCCCCCACUUCCACCAACCUUCUAUCGCACCACAGCAAUUUCACCAUGGGCCUUUUAACCCGUUUAUACAACCAGUUUCACAGCAGCCCACGUUUGCGCCCUCGUCCUUCACUCAACAUGAUACUGGGUACGAGACGAUGGACCACGAUGCCUCCACCCUGGGCACAGAAGGUCGGGUAGAGCGUAUAGGGUCUAUGGAUGCUGCUUUCCAUCCACAGUCGCCGUCCAUGCUAAACCUUCAGUCCGGGCGGUAUCAGAUGGGCAUGCCAGGCAUGCCAGGCAUGUCAAUUUUAUUGCCCCCGAACGCAACCAAGUUCCGUUUCCUUUGUACCCUACAUGCCGCUACUGCUAUGAUUAAAAACGCAGAUGAGAUUCCUGUGACGUAUCUCAAUAAAGGACAAGUGUACCAGUUUACCGUCAAAGAUACCAUCUCGCCGCUGCCUGCUGUACCCGGAACAAAAUAUCGCACCUUCAUACGUAUAUCAUUCGAAGACGAACAACAACGACAGAAACCCGAAGCUUGCUGGACUUUAUGGAAAGAUGGCCGAGGUAUGAACGAGGCACACCAGCGCAAUGGCAAGCUGCAAGCUGUUGAGUACGUUGAGUCAGGCCAGCCACCGGUUGAAGGUGAUGACCAGCGGACAAGGAUUGAGCUCGAAAGCUCUUCGUUCGACGGAUUCUGUGUCACGUGGACACCCGGUGCGAAUGGUCCAGCUGAAUGUGCCAUUUCGGUCCGCUUUAACUUUCUCUCUACUGACUUUAGCCACUCAAAAGGUGUUAAAGGUAUCCCCGUGCGACUGUGCGCCAAAACAAGCGUUGCGUCUACGGCCGAAUCUCCCCCACCCGACGACCCCGUCUUCGAAAUUUGCUAUUGCAAAGUGAAAUUGUUUAGAGACCAUGGAGCUGAGAGGAAACUUACCAAUGAUGUCCAACAUGUUAAGAAGGCAAUUGAAAAGCUUAGGGCGCAACUUUUUCAAGCGGAAACUGGUGGAAAGGAUUAUGCAAAGCGGAAGCGAGGCGGUGGGCAGGGUAAAUCACAGGAUCAUCAACGGCCUGGAAAGGCACCGAAGCAUAAACGAACCUGGUCCAUGUCUUCGGCAAGCUCUGCGGAUGGCGGCAGCGGCGGGAAUGCACGUUCAUCCCAGGAGGCUGAUAUGCACAUCAAGCUCACGACCUUGCAAGACAUGUUCGGUAGCAGUCGUGCUGUUAGUAUACUCUAUCUUAGAGGCGAGGAUUUGGACGAUCCGGAUCGUCAUCCAGUUGCUCUCUCUGGAGAACUGCCUGAUUUGUCGAGGGAGGAUUCAAAAGAGGGCAUAGCUUGGCGGAAUCGCAGUGCGAGAAAUUCGAUAACCGGAUCUUCGCUAGUUUCGCCUUCACCUAGUUCUACUUCGUUACAUUCGCAAGCUACGGGCACAGGGCAGUGGGCAGAGAGGCAAGGGGCUGGUAGCUCUCACCGGAUGUCGGAUCAGGCUACCAGGGUUCCCACGAAAACCGAUGAUGAUGGAAACCUAAGUUGCUGGAUUGAAGCACUAGGUGUGGACCCUUCGUAUAAACCGCCAAACGAGAAAACAGCAAAAUCAAUCGCCUGUUUCUACAUAGCAAAGAAGCCGACCGCGAAUUCGGAUAAGCGCGAAUUACACAAGGCAGUAUAUUUGACAGAGCGAACUCUAUCUGAUUUUAUCUCCCGCGUCACUACGAAAUGGAGCCUCGACCCCACCCGCAUCACGCGCGUUAUCCAUCUCUAUGAAGGGAGUCUAGAAGUCGAGAUGGACGAUGAUGUUAUCCGAGAGCUAUCAGAAGGGCAGGCCAUGGUUCUUGAUGUUGUCGAGGUAGAUUUGAACGUGCCUCAGACUAAGGCAGGGUGGGAUAUAAUGUCAAUUGACAUCCCGGAACCGGACCGGAAUUCCGCACACAGCGCAUACCGCACGACGACCGGCUACGAGCUACGAUUCCAUUUCUAA